GUUUACUAUGGAGAAUUAGUUGUUAUUGGAUAUAACGGCAAACUGCCAACAGGUAACUGUGGAAAACUUCGAAGUAAAUUUGAAUUAAAGAAAAGAAAGAUUGCCAAUUCUGUUAAAGCUUCUGUGAAGUAUACAAUAAAAGCUGAAGUUGAUAAGGUAAUACUAUACUACCAAUCAGGUGUGAUUGAUUUCGUUUAUUGUGUCCGAUACGGCCAUUUUUCUGCGGUGACCUACGAAUUCGAUGAAGACAUGGAUAUGUAUCAGAUUGGUAGAGCUUGCGACGAUUUCGUAGAUUUUCAAGUCUUAGAUACAGUACCCGGAGCUGAAACGGCUUUAGAACAGACUGCUCUGACACAUAGUACGGUAUCUCGUUAUGCAGCACGUAUUGUAUGUAGUAGACAUCCGCCUUAUAGAGCCCGUCUUCUAGCUGGAGCUUUUGAUCACAAUCGGAAUAUUAUUUUAGGCAAUGCAACUUGUGCUCAGAAAAUUUCUGAUAAUGCUUGCGAUAUGGAUGGAUUUACUAGAAACGGAGUUUUACUGUUACAUCCGAAAAAUGGCUUUACUGCAGGUUCGGUUCCUGUUUGGCGUGAAAUAUCUGUUUGUGGUAAGGUAUAUAAAAUAAAGGAUUCUCGUGGUGUUUAUGAAUCGGAGCAGCUGAGAACUGAGAUAACCAAUGAAUCGAACAUUUUAACUGAUGGCUGCUUAAUUGAUCUCUGUGGUGUCACUCUAAUGUGGCGUUCAGGCUACGGCAAACACGAACCUCCUACAAAGUCCGUCCUUGAUCAAGUGAAGCUUCAAAUCAGUGAAAUGCAUGAUGCACAAGGUUCACAGCCACCUCCUUCUCUUCCUACAGUCUCAGGAUCGAAGCCCGGUGAAAAGACGAUGAUGUUUGUUAAUACCGAGUGCGGUCAUAUUCAGGGUCAUUAUACUUGGCAUGCCGAUCAAAAUCGGAAACCCCUAGAGGAACGAAUGAAAAAUUGUUUUCACUGCAAAAUUGUACGACCCUUUGUACCUGUUAGAUUCGGAUUAGAACCUUUGAUCCAUCAGGAUUUUUCUUCACCAACUCAUGUAUUCUCUCCUUGUGGACAUGCUAUUGCUGAACAAACGGCUAGGUAUUGGGCUAAUAUUACAAUCCCACAUGGUAGUAAAAGUUUUAAAUCGAUAUGCCCUUUCUGUGGAGUUUCUUUAUGUGGCUAUGGUUUUGUCCGUAUGAUCUUUGUUGACGACAAAUAG